AUGACUUUUCUCCUUGCCGGCCACAGAGGACUCAAGAAAACGUGUCCGGAAAACACGAUCCUCGCGUUUGAAGAGGCAGUCAAGAACGGGUGCUCUGUGAUAGAGACAGAUCUCCAUAUUUCCUCGGAUGGCGAGGUAGUGAUAUGCCACGAUAUUGACACGAACCGCGUAUUUGGGCAGGAUUAUGUUGUCACAAAGACCCCGUACAAAGGCAUUCUAUCGGAGCUGCGCACGCUACAACCUCCGCAUCUGCCGAUUCCGACGUUGAAACAGGUAUUGGAGUGGACCCUGAAGACCAACGAAUCGCGUUCGGAGCCUAUCAAACUGAUGCUGGAUAUCAAGGCUGACAACGAUCCAAAGCGCAUCGUGGACCUGAUUUUACAAAAUCUCGAGGCGGUUGGUGGAAUUGAGUACUGGAAGGACAAGAUCAUCUACGGUCUGUGGGGCGCGGCCUACUACGACGAAAGGAUUGCACAAUUUGAAGUUCUCAACAUUUCCGUGGACGUUCUCACCAGCAAAAGAGUGGCAAACCAGAUCAAGGAGAAAGGGGGCAGAUUAGACUGUGUGUCUGUGAUUGUUGUUGCCAAUGGUCUCGCGUAUAUGGUUGACGAGAUUCUUGAGUUCUGCGAGAGGGAGAAAGUGCGACUGUGGUUCUGGACAGUCAACAGCAAAGAGGACUUAGAAUUGGCCGUUUCUAAAUACGGAUCGCGCAAGAUAGAUGGACAGCCGUUGCUGGAGGGUGUUGUCACAGACGACCCAGCAACGCUACUGUCGCCAGCCAAGCCUGCGUUGACAUUUGGCUACAAAAUGCGCCUUUUCCUGAAGACCAGAGUCUACCUUUUCAUUUUAUUUCUCUACCGCAGAAACAUUGGCCUGCGUCCUCUUCUUACUGCUCUCAGGAAAGUAGGAUUUUUAUAA